AUGCAGAUGGUGUGCGACUUCGCGCACCUGAAGAUGCUGCACGGGACGGUGCCCAUCGGGAAGAUCAUUUACACAAACUUGAAGGAGCUAGCGAAAAAACAAGAGUACCGCUUCGACGAAGAAAUCGAAGACUUCUCCAAACUGAGAGAAAAAAUAAUAGCAAUGCAAAACAAAGGGGUUAAUGGAAAUUUGCUAAAAUUGUACAAGGAGUAUUUAUUUUACUUCGAGACGUUCCGAAAAAAGAAUUUAUUGAAGGAGAAAAAAAAAUUGCUAUGGACGAAUGACGCAUUUGAUGAGUAUAAAAGAGUGGAGUACGAAUUUGAGAAGGAACACAUUUUGAUCAUAUUUAAUAUCGGCCUUGUAGCAGCGGCUUUGUUAAAAAUGAAAAAGAGUUCCGAUGACGUCAAGAUGUUGAAUAGAAUGUCCAACGACGUGGUGGAGAUAUUUAAUUAUUUAUUUGUCCAGAUGAAUGAAGAUAGAAUUCCCGAACUACCAGACAUAAACUGCGUAACCUGUUACGUCUUUUUGUGUAUAUCUAUGGCGUAUCAUGAGAAUAUGUUUUACAACACAGCUCUGGCGAAGAAGUACAAGCGGAACUUAUUGGCAAAGCUUUCUUUCAAUAUACACUGUCAUUUUAAGAAUGCACUGCGCUGUUUAGAAGGGAAGGAAUUGCAUUUAUUUUUUAAGAACCCGUCGAAAAUUUCCUCCUCAGCGGAGAUAAAAUCCAGUUUGCAUCAUAUCAGAAGUAGCAACAGUCCAUUUUACAACUUCGUGCAUGUGAACAAGAUGAUUUUUAUUUGUAUUAGUAAUUUCCAUACAGCGUUGAAAUACGCCACUGUAAAUUCGGAGACGACCCCAGAGGAUAAUCUAAAGAUUGAGAAAUACGAUUUGGACAAAAUUGGAGAAAUUAUAUCUCGACUCAAGUACAGCCAGGAGAACGUUGAAAGGUGUGUAGACCUCUGCAGGAAGUAUAGCUUUAACAUUAAUCUGAGCUCCCUAAGGGGAAAAAUUAACACUGCCAUAGACUACUUCGAGUAUGAAAACAAGAACAUAUAUUUUGAAGUCAUUCCUAGUUAUGAGAGUCUCAGCCAAAUAAAAGGCACUUCCGAGGUCCUCAAACUGAAGGAUAUAGACGUGUCGUCCAUUUAUAUCAAGAGGGACAAUAUCUCUUGCAGUUUGAAGUUACUCUUUAAUGAGAAGGCAGAGCUGGUUUACAAUCUGUACAAUAAGGAGGCUACCCCUAUGUAUGACACGUUUUAUAAGAAUUUUUCAACCCUACGGGAUCAGUACAAGUUGAUAAAUUUGAGCUAUCGUAAAAAUAUCCUCCUGACUCUGCACAAUGUUAUUAUAAGCACGUAUAAUAAAAUUACGAACCUACAUAAGCCUAGUCACUUCCAAAAUAACUUAACUUUUUUACAAAAUAUGGAACAAAAUUUGAAGGAAAUUUUAACCCAAGUGGAGAAUAGCCUGACUGCGGAACAUACGAACCAUGUCGAAUUCCAGAGGAAGUUCCUAAACGUAGGGAUCAAUCAAGAAUCGGUUAAUUCGUAUAAUUCCUUUUUGUACCACCUGAAUAUUUUUAAAAAAUCUUUAGAAGAAAUUCACUCCAGUGUAGAAUCCUUUCGAGAGUUUCUUCAGGACAAUCAGAUGCACUUUCAGAUUUGUCAAAUGGAUUUAUCGACGUUUGUGAAAUAUAUUGUUGACGAUUUGAAUACCUGCACCGAUGUAAAUAUUGAGUCUUUGGACCAGGAGUAUAUGCACUAUAAGAAUCUGCUGUCUGAGGAGAGGGAUAAUGAGACGAAUUCGGUCAGCAGUAUUGGCGAUUUGUCGGAGUUGUCCAAUGGGACCACCCCAUCCUUGAAUUACUUCGAUUUUCAUGCCUUCCUCAAGAGUCACAAUUUGACUUAUGGACCACAAAAUAGCAACGGAGUUAACGAGAAGAACCUCUUCCACUAUGACGCUGUGAAUAACUACAUCAAUGUGCACUCGGAGGAGAAGCUCUUCUUCGUCAUCCUCGCCAUUUACUUUUCGCUGAGCAUACAGCUAACCGACUUCGGCGCCGACCUGGAGGAGCUCAAGAGCAGCAUGCACGAUGUGUUCCUUAACUCCAUCUCGGAGGAACGCGACGAGGACAAGCUGAACGACCUCCUGCAGAAGCAGAAAGCCGCCCUCAUCGCCAAGAAAGCCAAAUUGGAGGAAAGCGUCUCCUCCUUCGAGAAAAGCCUCAACCAGUUCUAUGACUACUAUCACGAGUAUAACAAAUUGGACUACUUUAAGACGAUCGAGGACCUGAACACCUUCACCAAAAACCUCAUGGGCACCGUCGAGAGGCUAAAAGAAAUGAACAAGAAGCAUUCCUACACGCUGAAGAACUCGCUUGUGUUUAAGGACGACGUAAGAAAGGAACACCAUCCGUUUGUUGUCUCAUUUGGCGGAUAA